AUGGCGGACCAACACGACGUCGAUCUCGACUCUAUAAUUGACCGCCUCUUGGAGGUGCGGGGCAGCCGCCCAGGCAAGCAAGUUCAGCUGCUCGAGGCCGAGAUUCGUUAUCUCUGUACCAAAGCCCGCGAGAUCUUUAUCUCUCAGCCCAUCUUGCUCGAGCUCGAGGCUCCCAUCAAGAUUUGCGGCGAUAUCCAUGGGCAAUAUUAUGACUUGCUCCGCUUGUUCGAGUACGGCGGUUUCCCGCCAGAGGCCAACUAUCUCUUCCUUGGCGACUACGUAGAUCGUGGCAAGCAGUCGCUCGAGACCAUCUGCCUGCUUCUCGCCUACAAGAUCAAGUACCCCGAGAACUUUUUCAUCCUGCGGGGCAACCACGAGUGCGCCUCCAUCAACCGUAUCUACGGCUUCUACGACGAGUGCAAGCGUCGGUACAACAUCAAGCUGUGGAAGACAUUCACCGACUGCUUUAACUGCUUGCCUAUCGCUGCCAUCAUCGACGAGAAGAUCUUCACUAUGCACGGUGGCCUGAGCCCCGAUCUGAACUCGAUGGAGCAGAUCCGCCGUGUGAUGCGGCCGACCGAUAUCCCCGAUUGCGGUCUCCUCUGCGAUCUUCUGUGGUCUGACCCUGACAAGGACAUCACUGGCUGGUCCGAGAACGACCGUGGUGUUUCCUUCACCUUCGGUCCUGAUGUCGUCUCUCGUUUUCUCCAGAAACACGACAUGGACCUCAUCUGCCGUGCCCACCAGGUUGUCGAGGAUGGCUACGAGUUCUUCUCCAAGCGGCAGCUCGUCACCCUGUUUAGCGCCCCUAAUUACUGCGGCGAAUUUGACAAUGCCGGUGCCAUGAUGAGCGUGGACGAAAGCUUGCUCUGUUCGUUCCAGAUUCUCAAACCCGCAGAGAAGAAACAAAAGUACGUCCACGGCCUCGGGGGCAGUAGCCGGCCCACCACUCCCCGGAAGUCCAAGUAA